AUGGCCAUACGGCUAGAGCUAGCUGGGCCAGGGGUACAAUACCUACAGGCUGAUCAUCAGCUAUACAACGUGAUAGUCACGGCGCAUGCCUUCGUUAUGAUCUUCUUCCUCGUAAUGCCAGCUCUUAUAGGUGGACUUAAGAAGGUUAAUCCUUUCUCACAGAUAGGCUCUGCUAAGCCUUAUACUACUUCUACACAACUUUGCGAAGCUGGUGGGAAUUCUCUAAUAGCUAUUGAAGAGGUGUAUAAUCUUUCUUCCGAAGAAGUCUCUGCUUCUGAAAGAGCAGCAGGGGAGAUCAGCUAUCUAUUUUAUAACUAA